AUGUCGACAACACUUGUCAAGAGCGGGACCGCCGCCCAACAACCCGCGCCCAAGGCCGCCGUGCCCGCGAUUCCGCUUGUAAAUUCUCCUGCAGCUUUGCCCGCAUCAGUCGCUCAUCAGCUGUUGCUCGCUGGCCUGUUCUACUGGCGCUUCGAUGCCCUGGUGGCUGAUCCCGUUUCGACUCUUCAGACUGGCCUCCCAGUUGUUGCUGCCAUUCAGGCUGUCUAUCUUAUACUGAGUCUUCCACCAGCGGGAUCCUCGGGCUCCUCGAAGAAGCCUCGUCCUGGUGAGAAGAAGAAGUCGGAUGGACGGGAGGCAAAGGCUAUUCCUACCGCCGUUAUUUCAUUGCUCCUAGCUCUAAUCCUGACGCCGGUUCUUCAUCUCCUCCUUGUCCUCUUUGGCGCGCCAUUCCUUACACACGUUCCUCAUACAUUCUUGUGCUGCGCACAUAUCGCCGUCCUCGCGAUUUAUCCUGUCUUCUACGUUCGUGGUUCCGACCCCGUGCCUCUCCAGGCUGUGGUGGGUGUAUCAGCUCCUUUUGACCAGACAUUUGGCGGCUUUGUUGGAACAGUGGUUGGGGCCUGGCUUGGAGCUGUUCCCAUUCCUCUCGACUGGGAUCGCGAGUGGCAGAAGUGGCCCGUCACCAUUGUUGUCGGUGCUUACAUUGGAUAUAUCGUUGGAUCUCAGAUCUUGGGAACCGUUUUCUUUGGAAAGCGGUGGGAAGUCACUCCUGAAAUCAAGGAGGAAUAA